UUGCUGUCAUAGCUGAUUGGUUCCACUGCAAUCCUGAAGAUAUGCCCAUCAAGUCCCAACUUGAUUCUCUUAUCUGUGAAGGCUCGAUGCAGUGGAGGGAUCUUUGUGAAAACGAGACCUAUAGGGAACGUUUCCCAGAUAAGCAUUUUGACCUCGAGACAGUUCUCGAGGCUAAAGUGCAUCCUCUCUCAGUAGUCUCAGAAAAAUCAUUCAUUGGGUUCUUUCAUCCUGAAGGAAUCGAAGAAGAGGAAGGAUUCCACUUCCUUCAUGGUGCCAUGUCUUUCGACAACAUAUGGGACGAGAUUUCUAAGUCCGCUCAAGAAACUCCUUGUCAUGGAGACUCCGGUGUUUACAUUGUGAGUUGGAAUGACCACUUCUUUAUCCUCAAGGUUGAAAAAGAUACGUACUAUAUCAUUGACACACUUGCGGAGAGGCUUUUUGAGGGUUGUAAUCAGGCAUAUAUCCUCAAAUUUGACCAAGAUACAACAAUUAUGCAAGUACCUAGUGAGUCUCAACAAUCAGAUGAUAAGCCAUGUUGCGAUAGAAAAGAGAAAACCGAUGUCAAAGAGGCUGCGGAUGAAAGAAAAAUUGUCAUGAGCACCAACAGUGACGACAGAAUGCAGGAAGACUGGGCAUCUGAAAAGAACAUCAUUUAUAGAGGUAAAGAGGCAUGUAAAGAGUACAUUAAGAGUUUUUUGGCAGCAAUCCCUAUUAGGGAGUUACAAGUUGAUUUAAAGAAAGGAUUGAUGGCAUCGACACCCCUUCAUUAG